AAGUCGGACCUGCUAGUACUGGUUAGUACCCCGUACUACCAUUAUUAGCACAGGUAGUACCGGUAGUACGUUGCUGUACCAGCAGUAACAGCGUCUAAACCCAAAGUUGAGACAUUUUUCAUAAAAGGCCUCUCUGAAGCAAAGCCGACGUAUGUCUCUGUGUCACACAGUCACACUCACUUCCUACCCUUUCCAGCUCUCAAAAUUUGAAAGAACUUUGGACAUGGUAGCAGCAGCAGUACCAGUAGCAACAGCACCUUAUGCUGCGCCUAAAUCUCUUACGUGCACACUUGGUCCACCAUGGCAAGGGCUUCGUGGGAGUCUGGGUUCAGCUCGGAGCUUGCAAUGCCCUAAGAAAGAGAGACGAUGUACAAGGAAGGCUGGUUCGUGUAAUGUUACUGCUAAAUUUGAGCUAAAGCCUCCUCCAUAUCCGCUGAAUGCUUUGGAACCCCAUAUGAGCAAAGAGACCCUGGAGUAUCACUGGGGGAAGCACCAUAGGGGUUAUGUGGAAAACCUAAACAAGCAAAUUGUAGGAACAGAACUAGAUGGGAUGUCAUUAGAAGAUGUUAUAAUUGUUUCAUAUAACAAGGGGGAUAUUCUUCCAUUUUUCAACAAUGCAGCACAGGUCUGGAACCAUGACUUCUUCUGGGAAUCCAUUAAACCAGGUGGUGGUGGAAAGCCAUCUGGGGAUCUUCUAGAACUAAUUGAAAGAGAUUUUGGUUCUUUUGAAAAAUUCGUUGGAGAGUUCAAGGCAGCUGCAUCUACACAGUUUGGUUCUGGUUGGGCUUGGCUUGCAUAUAAAGCAAAUAGGCUAGAUGUCGGAAAUGCAGUAAAUCCUUAUCCAUCAGAUGAAGACAAAAAGCUUGUAGUGGUGAAGAGCCCCAAUGCUGUGAAUCCCCUUGUUUGGGAUUAUUCUCCUCUCCUUACCAUUGACGUUUGGGAGCAUGCUUACUACCUUGACUUUCAGAACCGGCGUGCUGAUUAUAUAUCAAUAUUUAUGGAGAAACUCGUGUCAUGGGAAGCGGUCAGUUCCAGACUUGAAAUUGCAAAGGCUCGAGCUGUUGAAAGAGAGAGAGAAGAAGAAUUGCGGAAAAGAGAGAGAGAGCAGGCCAAAGCAUCAGAAAGUGAAGGGGUAGAGAUGUAUGUGGACAACAAUAGUGAUGACUCGGAAUCAGAAUGAAGCUUAUUUUGCAGUUUUAAGUAAACUAAAAAACAGUUUUGGUUGUUUGUUUUAGUUCCUAAUUUGAAUGUAAUACAGAGGUCAGCUCAGUUUAGGCGACGCUUAAGACAAUGAAAAGUGAAAAAGAAAGGUGCCUCUUGCAGGAAUGAAACUACAUGUUUUAUA